AGCAACUGUUGAACUGCAAGAGACGGUUGGACCAAAGAAAGAAAAAAAGAAGUCGAUUAUUUUGAAGAAAAAAAAUACUAACAAUACACCAAAUAUAACUAUUCUAGCUCAAAAAGCACCAAAAAUUAGAAAAUUAAAGCUGCCAGUUAUCAAGUGUUCCUGCAUAUGCCCUCAGUGCGUAAUGCAUAGACAUGAGGGUUGUGAUGCCAUGAUAGAAUGGGGCUUCGCAUCCAAUUUAAUGGGGAAACCACUGGGCGAAAGACGAAUUUUGGAGUUUCCCACUUGUACUUGUGAAAAAUAUGUGCAGCCUGUUCAAUCUGAUGAAGUGGAUACGACUCCCUUGAAUGUCAGGAGAGCAAGAAAUGCAUUAAAGAGUAAACUCUUAUUGACAAAACCUGAAAUUUUCACAUUAUUCGUGUCCACCGUACGAUUGUGUGAAGAACUUACAAGAAAGACAUUUUUCGACAUGUCAAAAAUGAACCUUUCAACUUUGGAAGCUGUUUGUGAAAAUUUGAAUCGUCAAAGAAUCGAGCUUGCUUGUUAUAUAAAUGGGUUAUUCAGGGACACAAUCAAAAUAAACUACUGUGUCAAAUUUCAAAAUGUAAAGAAAGGAUACUACUGCCAAAAAGAAUCCGAUUGGGAUGUUUACAAUAUUUCCAAUACGCCUAAGUUCCUCAGGAUGAUAAGAUACCUUAUUGAGACAAGUUUGAGGAUAUUGCUUUUGAGAUCUCUCAGUGACCUGGAAAAUUAUAUAGUUAAAAGUGGGCGAUUGGCUAUAGCAAUGGGAAAUGAUUUUGAGUGGGUUUAUGAAAUAAGAAGCCGUAUUUUUGAUGAAUCGAGGCACAAUUAUCCUUCACUAUUUAUACUUGACUUGAAGAUUGGACCAGAAGGACCAUUCUACUCAACCUCAAUCGACACCCAUAUUGAAAAACUUCAAUCAUUGAUAGAUAAAGCUGCAAUGGUAUGCCACAAUGUGCCAUUGAUUGACAUGGAUGUGAAUGAGAAGUUGCACUACAAGACACCGAUUUCAUACAACUGUUAUGGCAUGGGUGAGCUGGAGGUUGUCCAGACUAAAUUUCUAAUCGAAUAUGUCAUGAGGAAACUUGAGAUUGUGCUCAACAGUUUUAGAAAGCGUUGGGGCGUUUAUCAGGAUUUCUUCUGCAUGGAUUUACACUCUCAAAUCGAGCAAAUUAUGGAAAAGUGCACCUACUCCCAAGAACUUGAAUUUGAACUGUCUCGCCAAUACACGUUACUCGAUGAAUAUCAGUACAUAAUCCCAGAAGUAACAAACAUAGGCCCAUUUGCUAUUGUGACAGCUAAAAUCAAAUAUUAUUUAUUGGAAAAGCGGACUGAGCUGAUAAAUGGAUUAUUAAAUGCUUAUUCAGCCAAAUUAAGAAAGAAGACUAAAGAGAUCAUAGCAAAGUAUAAUGAAACGUAUCAAAAAGUACAGGAAAAGACCAGAAACAUUGAACACCUUGUCAAUCAAAGAGAAUGGAUGGAAACUAUCCCUCGUUACUUUUCUGAAAUAGAAGAAAGCAUCUACAGACAUUUGAAAGAAUAUGACAUAUUCGACCGAUUUCAUCACAACCUGUUGGAUGAGGAUUUGAAUAUGAAAUGGAUGGUGAUAGGGUGGCCUGAGAAAAUUUUAGAAGCAAUUCAUGACCAGCAGGAGAUAUUUGACGAUGACAUCGCAGUGUUCCGUAAAAUCCAGUCUGAAGAUGAAGUUGCGAUUCAGGAGAGAAUUGAACAUCUCUCAAAAUCAAUUGCUGCAGUGCAACUGCAAGAUGAAAAAACCAAAGUGCACGAGAUCGCUCAAGAAGUGAGUAAAAUCUGGAAACUUCUCAGAGACACUGUAGACUGGGGAAGAGUCUUGAAUAACAGGCAGAGGCUGUUCGGUGAUAAAGUCACGCCCUUCACUGAACUUACCACACUCACAAAAACUUUCACUCCAUUCAAAAAUCUGUGGGCUACAGCAUCAGACUGGCUGCAGACGGCUGACAUGUUCUUGGACAAUCCGAUAAUGAACAUUGAUCCAAGCACGAUUGAAGGAAUUGUCAAUGAACAUGCAAAAACAAUGACAAAAUGCAUAAAACUAUUUUCUGAAAUACCAGCUUGCUUGAAAAUCGCAGAAACAAUUAAAGAGUUAAUUGAGGAGUUUAAGCCUCACAUACCGAUCAUACAAGCUCUUUGUGCUAAAGGUAUGAGAAAAAGACAUUGGGAAGAAUUUCAGACGAUGACUGGGAUCCCAAUAAAUUGGACACCUGCUUUGACGUAUAAAGAAUGCAUAAAUCUUGGUGUUCAUGAAUGCGGUGAAGCUCUUGUUGUGAUAUCAGACCAAGCGAAAAAAGAAUACGUCAUUGAAGUGGCCAUCGAUAAAAUGGUCGCUGAAUGGGAAAAUUGCUUGGCUCAGUUUUCACCUUUCAAAAAUUCUGAUACGUACAUAUUCAAACUUAGCGAUGAAGUAUUCCAAAUGUUGGAGGACCACAUUGAAACCACCCAGUCAUUGCAGUUCAGUCCUUCAAAAGGCCCAUUUGAGGGAAUAUUAGAAGAAUGGGCAAAAAAACUAACAAUGACACAAAAAAUCCUAGAAAAAUGGGUUCUGUGUCAGCAGAACUUCAUGUAUUUGUAUCCAAUUUUCACAAGUGUCGACAUCUCGACUCAAUUAGUACACGAAAGCAAAAAAUUUGCCAAUGUUUUAAGAAUGUGGCGUAAGCUCAUGACGGAUUUUCGAGCCAACCCGCAAGUCAUGAAUGCGUGCUGUGACCAUAAAGUGCAUGAUUUAAUUGGCAAUUGCAUCAGAGCAAUGAAUCUAAUUUUGAGUGGUUUGAACCAAUACUUGCACAUAAAGAGGAAUGGCUUCCCCAGGUUUUAUUUCCUCAGCGACGAGGAACUUGUCGAGAUUCUAUCAAAGUGUAGUGAUCCUCUAGCAGUACAGCCGCAUCUCAAGAAAUGCUUUGAAAAUAUAUAUUCUCUCAGUUUUGACAGUAAAAACAACAUCACCGCAAUGUUUUCAGGAGAGGACGAGGAAGUAAAACUGAAAUAUGAGCUCAAACCUACUGGAUCUGUCGACAACUGGCUCAGCGAUGUGGAGAGACUAAUGAGGGAAACAAUUCAAACAAGAAUUAUUGGUGCACUUAAUGCCUUUACACAAAAGAAAGUCAAAAGCGAUAGAAACUCGUGGGUUUUAAAUUGGCCAGGGCAGGUGAUAAUUGUUUCUUCGCAAAUAAUUUGGACAAACAAUGUGGAAAUCUGCAUAACAAAAGGAAAUCUACAUUCAUACUAUGUUACACAGCUUGGAUAUCUGGAUAAUCUAAGAUCUCUUAUAAGAGGUGAACUCACAAAAUUGCAAAGACUGAGUGUUUCAGCUCUUAUUGUUAUUGACGUUCAUGCUCGAGAUGUAACAGAAAUGUUGCUUAAGAAGAUCAUAUUGGAUGUGCAUGAAUUCGAUUGGUCUAAGCAGCUAAGGUUCUACUUCAUACAAAAUACUGUAGCGCUCAGAGCAAUAAAUGCAGAAUUUCCAUAUGGAUAUGAAUACUUGGGUAAUACAGGCAGACUAGUCAUAACACCUUUAACAGACAGGUGUUACUUAACACUUAUUGGUGCACUUCACCUGAAAUUCGGUGGGGCACCUGCUGGCCCUGCUGGCACCGGAAAAACUGAAACAACAAAAGAUUUAGCCAAAGCUUUUGCCGUCCAGUGUGUCGUUUUCAACUGCUCAGAUCAGCUGAAUUUCAUGGCAAUGGGGAAAUUCUUCAAAGGCCUUGCAACGUGUGGUGCUUGGGCAUGUUUCGAUGAAUUUAAUAGAAUCGAUAUUGAAGUGCUUUCUGUUGUGGCGCAGCAAAUCACAACUAUUCAAAGAGCCCAAAUGGCCAGACAAGAAACUUUCAUUUUUGAAGGUGAAGAAAUCAGCUUGAAGCCUUCAUGUGCUGUUUUUGUCACGAUGAAUCCCGGAUAUGCAGGAAGAACAGAACUGCCUGAUAAUUUGAAAGCAUUGUUUAGACCAGUAGCAAUGAUGGUGCCUGAUUAUACUUUGAUUGCGGAAAUUUCCCUAUUCUCUUUUGGGUUCACAGAAGCAAGGUUGCUUGCAGCAAAGAUAACUUCAACUUUCAAACUUAGCUCUGAACAGCUUAGCACUCAGGAUCAUUAUGAUUUUGGAAUGAGAGCCGUUAAAACUGUAAUAGCUGUGGCUGGAAAUUUGAAAAAAGAGGAUCCUCAAUUCAAUGAGACUCUUAUCGUUCUGAGGGCACUGAAGGAUGUGAACAUACCGAAGUUCUUGUCCGAUGAUUUAAAACUUUUCACGAACAUUUUAUCGGACCUGUUCCCCAAUGUUGUUGAUCCUCCGAUAGACUAUGGGGUAUUCCAGAAAACAAUCGAACACAUACUGGAUUCUAUGAUACUUUACAAGAGCCCACAAUAUAUUAUAAAAGUUAUUCAACUUUAUGACACAACUGUGGUGAGGCAUGGGUUAAUGCUAGUUGGCCCUGCUGGAACUGGAAAGACCAGGUGCUACAGAGUUUUACAAUCAGUCAUGGGAAAAUUAAAAGGUACGAAUUCUCAUUCCGGUGGGACAUUCCAAAAUGUAGAAGUGUCCAUUAUAAAUCCAAAAGCGAUUAACAUGGGUCAGAUAUACGGCGAGUAUGACCUGCAGAACCAUGAAUGGUCCGAUGGCGUUCUAGCAAAGUUCAUGCGAGAAGGUGCAGCAGCUGCAGAUGAAAUAAAGCGUUGGUAUAUGUUUGACGGACCUGUCGACGCAGUAUGGAUUGAAAAUAUGAACACAUUGCUUGAUGACAACAAGAAACUUUGUCUGACAAGUGGUGAAAUCAUUAAAAUGACCGAUAAGAUGACCAUGAUGUUCGAAGUGUCCGAUCUCUCGGUAGCUUCUCCAGCCACUGUAUCUAGGUGCGGCAUGGUCUACUUGGAACCGUCGAUGAUCACGUUAGACAUGCUUAUAAAUUGCUGGUCAAAAUCUAUUCCCAAAGAUGCUUCUCAUAUUUCUAUUUCGUUGGACUUAGCUAUUAGGCGUUAUAUGCUACCGGCUAUAAGCUUUCUUCGAUCCAAUUUACAUGAAAUCGUUAAAUCAACAGAUUGUGGGUUGAUGUCCUCAGCAUUAAAACUAAUUGGGUACUUUUUAAGGCCCUUUGCACCAGAACAGGGAAAAAUGCCACCAGCAGAUAAAGUUCAAGUUCAUUUAAAGAAAUUAGCAACUAUGUGGGUAAUAUGGUCCACAAUUUGGUCUAUUGGAGCAACAUGUAAUCUAAACGAAAGGGAAAAGUUUUCUGUACUUAUGAACAAACUGAUUCAUAAAAAUGAUAAAGAAUUAAAAUUUCCUAAAUUCUUUGUUUAUGACUAUUGGAUACAUGAUGGAGGAUUUUCAAUGUUGACAGAUUCUGGAGAUUUAGAGAAACCAAGAUGGAUGCAUUGGCUGGCUAAUGUACCAUUAUAUGAAAUCCCACCAGCCUCUCGUUUUAUAGAUAUUGAGGUUCCAACUAUCGACAGCAUUAGAAAUGCUACAGUUUUGGGAAAACUAAUUGAGAAUAAUCAACACGUGCUUGUUAUUGGUCCAACUGGAUCAGGAAAAACUAUUACGAUACUUUCAAAAAUUAACAGAAACAUGCCUGAACAGUUUGUCAGUGAUUUUAUGACAUUUACGGCUAAAACAUCAUUAAAUCAAACUAGGGAUACGAUUGAAUCCAAAUUGGAAAAAAGGAAAAAAUUAGUCUUAGGACCGCCAGUCGGCAAGAAAGGGAUUUUGUUUAUUGAUGACUUUAAUAUGCCAGCUAUUGAAAAAUUUGGCGCCCAACCACCUCUUGAAUUAAUAAGGCAAUACAUGGACUUUGGGGGUUGGUAUGACACCAAGAUUGUCGGCGCUUUUAAACAUGUGGAUGACAUGUGCCUUAUUGGAGCGAUGGGACCACCAGGCGGUGGAAGGAACAAAAUCAGCGAACGGCUGGUUAGACAUUUCCAUCUCCUUGCCUACCCAGAAUUCAGCCAUAACUGCCGAAAAAUCAUAUUUGGGACAAUACUGAAUUAUUGGAUGGCAAAUAUGCGUGGAUUUUUAAAAGUCGGCGAAAAGAUUUUGGAUAUGACUUUAAAGCUCUACAAUGUCAUUGAGAAAGAGCUGCUUCCCACUCCAAAGAAAACGCACUAUACCUAUAACCUAAGAGAUUUAAGCAGAGUUUUCCAGGGAAUUUUACUUGCAAAUUCUGAUGAUAUAAAAACUAUUGAAGAAUUGCUGGUACUUUGGAUUCAUGAGUGCACUAGAGUUUUUUCAGAUAGAUUAAUCAAUAAUGAAGAUAAACAAUGGUUUAAAAAGAAAAUUAGACAUGAAAUAGACGAAGCUUUCCAAAUGGAUUACAAUUUUCUAACCACUCACGAUCCCAUCUUAUUUGGAGAUUUCAUGAGCUUUUUAGACACAAGCAAUUAUGUUCAAAUAACAGAUUUUGAGAAGCUUUCGUCAGUCAUGAAUUCGUAUUUACAAUCAUACAAUAAGACAUCCACAGCACCAAUGUCACUAGUGUUAUUUAUGGAUGCAAUUGAACAUGUGUGUCGCAUUGUCAGAAUAAUCAAACAACCUCAGACAAACGGCCUACUCUUAGGAAUCGGAGGAUCAGGCCGACGGAGCUUAACGAAACUCUCAGCCUUCAUGACUGACCACACAUGCGUGACUGUUGAACCAACCAGAAGUUACGGAGUCGCAGAGUGGAGAGAUGACUUGAAGAAAAUGAUGUACUAUUCUGGCGUCAACAACAGGGAGACUGUGUUUUUGUUUUCAGACUCACAGAUUAUACAUGAAUCAUUCUUGGAAGAUAUCAAUAGUAUGCUGAACACUGGCGAUGUACCAAAUAUUUAUCUCCCAGAGGAUCUAGACAAGAUUUAUGCAGCAAUGAGAAAUGUAGUCAUCGAUUCAGGGCUGGCAGUGACGAAGGCGAAUCUGUUCAGCCACUAUUUGAAAAGUGCAAGAACCAAUCUUCAUAUAAUAUUCACUAUGAGUCCAAUUGGGGAAAAUUUUAGAUCCAGGCUGAGGCAGUUCCCCGCACUAAUUAACUGCUGCACAAUCGACUGGUUUAACUUGUGGCCUGAUACAGCUCUGGAGACUGUAGCCGCACAGUAUGUAAAGACGUGUGGUUAUUUUACAAACGAAUCGAAUGAACUUAUUGAUGGAGUUGUGCACUCUUGCAAAUUUAUCCAUUUAAGUGUAGUCAAGAUGGCUGAUCUGUUUUUUGAGGAAUAUGGCCGUCGCACAUACAUCUCACCUACAAAAUAUCUUAUUCUUUUACACACGUAUGUCAAUUUGAUGUUUAAAACUAGAAACAGUGAUGAAGAACUCUUAGGACGCUAUCAUACUGGUCUUGAAAAACUAUUAAUUAGUGCUGAAGAAGUAAAUGAAUUGAGAGAGGCCAUAAAAGACAUGCAACCUGUACUGAAAGAGUCUAGAAGAAGAGCAAUGGAAGUCGCAGAAAAAAUUGAUAAUGACAGAAUGGAAGCUGAAAAGACAAAAGUAAUUGUAGCAGAAGAAGAAGCUAAGGCUCAAGUAGCACAAGAGGAGACAACACAAUAUGCAGCAGAAACAGAAAAAGAUUUGGAGAAAGCAAUGCCGACUCUGAGAAAAGCUGAAGCAGCCUUAAUGUCUAUAAAUAAGAAAGACAUAACUGAGGUCAAGGCGAUGAAAAGACCACCUGCUCCAGUUGUGCUCGUCAUGGAAGUUUUGUGCCUUAUUAAGAACAUACCUCCAAAUAAAAUUCCUGGGAAACUACCUGGUGAAAGGGUAUGGGAUUAUUGGGAGCCUGCAAGAAAUAUGCUCAGUGAUCCUGGACUUUUCCUCAAGUCUUUGCUUGAAUUUGACAGGGAUUCUAUGACUGAAGAAACUAUUAAAAAGAUUGAGCCUUAUAUUAAAAAUCCUAAAUUCACGGCAAAAAAUAUCAAAGCGGCAUCCAUUGCUUGCAAGUCAUUAUUCACAUGGAUAAGUGCGAUCUACGAUUACUAUUUUAUUAACAAGACAGUUGCGCCUAAACGUGCUGCUUACAACGAGGCAAAGAAUAAACUUGAAGAAUGUCAAAGAGCACUUGAAAGAUCAAGAUUCAGAAUGAAAAAAGUUAUGGACGGACUUGUUGAGCUGGAAGCAAGGCUUGCCAAAACACAAGCACGGGUACAGACUCUCGAAGAGAACGAACAAAACGGUAUCAUGAAGCUAGAGCUAGCAGAGGAGCUUCUCGUCAGCUUGGACGAUGAAAAGAAAAGAUGGAUCGAAAAUGCAUCACAGAUAACAAGCUCCGCACUUACUCAAAUAGGAAAUUUACUAAUUUGUGCUGCCACAGUCGCAUAUUUCGGACCAUUCAGUGACGAUUAUAGAAGAGCAUUGCAGAUAGAAUGGACACGAACAUUGACAGCUUUAAAAGUCCCUAAUGACUCUGAUCUUGAGCCUGUUCACAUACUAAGCAAUCCUCUUGAAAUAAGAAGAUGGCAGUUGUCAGGUUUGCCUAAAGAUUUUUCAUCCACUGAAAAUGCAAUUCUAAGUAGUUCUUCUUUACGCUUUCCACUUUUUAUUGAUCCAACUGGGCAAGCAAAUAAAUGGAUAAAAGGAACACUCAGAGAAACGAGGUUAAUAGUUCAAAAAUUUGGAACAAAAGAAUUAAUGAGAGAACUGGAGGGUGCGAUAUCUUUUGGAAGGACAAUUCUAAUUGAAAACAUUGGGCUUGAUAUCGACCCAAUACUGGAUCCUAUCCUUAACAAACAAAUUUUCCCAUAUCGUGGCAAUGAUUGUGUCAAAUUUGGUGAAAAUAUUAUCCCGUUUAAUGACAGGUUUAUGAUUUAUUUCACUACAAGACUGAGGAACCCGACAUACUCGCCUGAAAUCUGCUCCAAAGUUAACAUCAUAAAUUUCACACUGUCCAUAGGAGGAUUGGAGGACCAGCUUCUCAGUUUGGUGGUUUCGUGCAAGAGGCCUGAUCUUGAAGAACAAAAGAGUCGCCUGGUCGAAUCGACAGCAGAAAUGAAAAUUGAGAUAAAGAACCUUGAAGACAAGAUUUUAAAUCUGAUCAGUUCCGCCACUGGUUCCCCUCUCGAUGAUCUCAACUUAAUUGAAGCAUUAAAACAGUCAAAGGAAAAAAGUGAAAACAUAAGGGAAAAAGUUGAUGUUGCUUCAAAAACUGCAAAAUCAAUUGAUGAAACCAGAAUCGGUUAUGCUCCAGUUGCUAGGAGAGCGCAGAUUCUUUAUUUCUGUCUCGCUGACAUGGCUAAAGUGGAUCCAAUGUACCAAUACAGUUUAGAUUGGUUCACGAACAUAUUUACUCUCAGCCUGACACAAACAGAAAAAUCGACAAACUCUGAGGAGAGAAAUAUAAGUGUAAACAACCACUUUACUUAUUCCUUAUUCAUGAAUGUCAGCAGAAGCUUGUUUGAGAAAAAUCGUUUGCAAUUUACGUUUUUGAUUUGCAUAAGGAUAAUGAUUGAAAAGAAGCAGAUUACCAAAGAAGAAUUUGAAUUUUUCUUGACUGGUGGCAAACCGAAAAAGACAAUACCAGCUCCUUCAGGGUUUCCUGAACAAAGAUGGAUGGAAAUUCUCGGCUUGGAGACUUUACCACAGUUUGAAGUCCUUAUUAACACUAUUGUGGCAAACAGUGAUGAAUGGAAAUUCUUGAUUGACGAUCCUAAUCCUUACAAGCAACACUUCCCUAUGAGCUUUCAUCUCAAGCUGUCUGUCUUUCAAAGGCUUAUGCUGAUACGUUUUGCCAGGCCCGAUAAGCUCAUCGACAGUAUCCAGGAUUACAUAUCAAGCCAUAUCGGCACAAAAUACAUAGAGCCUUUACCCAAAAAUGUAGCAAGUCUUUAUACAGACUCUACACCUCUCACGCCUCUUCUAUUUGUCCUUUCCCCUGGUACCGAUCCGGCUGCAGAUUUUCUAAGCUUUGCUGAAAAGCAAAGUAUGGUGAAGAAAGUUAUGGCAAUAUCCCUAGGCCAGGGUCAAGGACCAAUAGCAGAAGAAAUGUUCAAUAAGGCAGUGCAAAUUGGAGGUUGGAUAUUUUUCCAGAAUUGCCAUUUGGCACCGAGCUGGAUGCCAAGACUAGAGCAGCUCAUUGAAGGGUUACCAUUUGAUUUUGUUCAUAAGGAUUUCAGGAUCUGGCUAACUUCUACACCAUCUGAAUACUUCCCGAGUUCAAUUUUAGAAAAUGGCAACAAAAUGACCAUAGAGCCACCAAGAGGUGUUAAGGCAAACCUGCUCCGUGCUUAUACUGGACAUGUAAUGGAAUACCAAGACUUCAUCAAUUCAGAAGAACCUAAAGCACCUAUUUUCAAAGGCUUAUUAUUUGCACUGUGUCUCUUUCAUGCUAUUGUUCUUGAGCGGAGAAAAUUUGGUCCUUUAGGUUUCAACAUCCCGUACGAAUUUACUGAUGGUGACCUUAGAAUCUCCAUCAACCAGCUUCAUAUGUUUGUAAUGGAAUAUGAAAGCAUACCGUACAAAGUCUUAUCCCACACCGCGGGUGAUAUUAACUAUGGAGGGAGAGUAACUGAUGAUUGGGACAGAAGGUGCAUUAGAUGUCUCCUUUCUGAAUUUUACAACCCUAAAACACAGACUGAAAACUACAUGUUUGAUUUGUUUGCCUACUACUACCAACUUCCUUUCAAUUCUCAAUUGAGCAAUUAUAUGGCUUACAUUAAGGAAUUGCCUAUAAAUGAUGAAACGACACUUUUUGGUUUGCAUUCCAAUGCAAAUAUUUCCUAUUCACAAGGAGAAGCCAGCGAGGCGAUUAAAAUGCUCUUGUCAUUGCAACCACAAAAGACUGGAAAGGCAGCCGCCACCCAAGAUGCCAAAGUGGCUGUUAUUGCCAAAGAAACCCUGUUAACAGUGCCAGGUCCAUUUAUGGACCUUGACAAAAUCCAGGAGAAGUAUCCAGUCAUGUACGAAGAGUCGCUGAAUACAGUCCUUUACCAGGAAAUCCUCAGAUACAACCGGCUCCUGUUUGUCAUACAGGAAUCCUGCCAUGACUUGCUCAAAGCACUCGAUGGUGUUGUUGUCAUGUCUGAACAUUUGGAAAAGAUGUCGCAAAGUCUGUAUCUGAACCAAGUGCCUGAAAUGUGGGCAAUAAAAUGUUACCCAUCAUUAAUGCCAUUAGCUGCUUGGUGCAAAGAUUUGAAAAAGAGAAUUCGAUUUUUGAAAAAAUGGAUUGAUUCUGGUCGCCCAGCCAAUUUUUGGAUAUCUGGUUUCUUCUUCCCACAGGCCUUCUUAACCGCUAUACUCCAGAAUUAUGCCAGGACUCAUAUAGUUUCAGUUGAUGCAAUAUCAUACCUUUUUAUCUUUUUGGAUGAACUGCCUCGUGAAAGGAAGGCUGAUGGUUGUGUUAUCUACGGCCUGUUUCUUGAAGGGGCCAGAUGGAUUCAGGAAAAAUACAAGCUGUCGGAGUCCAUGAGAAAGAUUUUGUUCACAGAAAUGAGCCCAAUAUGGUUGAGACCCAAUGAAAACGUGAUAAAAGAUGUCGUACAAGUAUACAACUGCCCUGUGUACAAAACUCUCAAACGAGUCGGGACAUUAUCGACGACAGGCCAUUCGACCAACUACGUCCUUACAAUAGAUUUGCCCACAAAGAAGACAAAUGCCCACUGGGUACUGAGAGGUGUUGCCCUUUUCUGUGCUCUUGACUACUGCUAAAAAUGCAAAAAAAAA